UCCAGAACCGUCGAUCGUGUCCAAAAUAGUCUCCACAAAUGUAUGCAGGAGCGUUUGAAGUGAUUUAUAUUUUCUCUUCGCUUCAUCAUCGACUCCAGUCUAUUUAAAAGGCUAAAAAGCGUGUGCUGAACACUAGAUUACUUCAAUUAUGCUUUGACUGUGAACUUACAGAGCUGUCAUUUAGAACAACAAACUUUAUGCAGAUUCUGUAAGCUUAUUUUCUGUCUAGUCCACGUUACUUAGUCUUUUUGUGUUAGCUUUUUCGUUGCUUUUGUAUGAGCUAGUGGUUAAUGUUUCUCACUGCAUAAAGAUUUGAUAUUUUCGAGAUCAAAGAAAGCACACCGUUGUGGGUGUUAUUAUCGACUUUACACUUGUGAUAGAGCGACUGUAGUCUCUGGACAGACAUGAAGACAUCUAGAAACAAGUCGAGUCGACGUACCAACAAGACUGUUGAUGCUUCAGAAAAAAGGCAAGAUACAGGGCUCAGUCCUUCAAAGCGCCACAGAGAAAAGCUGAAUAAUGUAAUGGAUGAGUUGGCUGACCUUUUACCUCUAUCCAGUGAUGCUAAGUCGGGACUAGAUAGGUUAUCCAUCCUCAAGUUGACUGUCAGUUUUUUCCAGACUCAAAACCUUAUUCAAAGUGCUGACAGAACACAACAAUUGCAUGGUGCAAACAAGAAAAAAGUUAAUGUCCAAGGAGUUAGUCUUAGUGAAAUGGCUUUAGAGGCUAUAGGUGGAUUUUUCAUUGUGAUAACAGAAGAUGGUAAUGUUUAUUAUGUCUCAGAAAAUGUUAAGAACUAUCUUGGGUACAGUCAGACACGGCUAAUGCAUCAAGAUUUCUUUUCUCAUGUUCACCCUGAAGACUUGCAAGGCUUCAAGUCAUGUUUUGAGGAGUGCCCAUCAAAGAAAACAGGUUUUUCAAAGGAGAGCCAUAAUUUGCCAUUCACGGUGCCAGAUUCACGUCAAGAAUGCUAUUGCAAUAUUAGAUGUCAUGCAGGACGGUUGUCUAGCCAUAUCAGCCCUUUUUAUUAUAAGUGUUUUAGGUUUUAUGGUCACUUAAAGAUGAUCAAAAGGGGUGCAAAAACUGGAAGCCAAUAUGGAUUCUUUGCACUUUGUUCGCCUGUUAGCAGAAGUGAAAAUAUUAACAGGCCAAUCAAAGAACACAUAGAGAAAUACACAUGCAAAAUGGAUGCAGCUAUGGCAAAUUUGCAAGUUGAUAGCAGGGGUCUAAAAGUUCUUCGGUUCAAUGAACAAGACUUGAUGGGUAAAAGUGCCUACUUCUUCUUCCAUCCAGAUGACCUUAGUUCCAUGGCUUUGGUCCAUGAACGCUUAAUGAAAGAUUUCAAAGCUUCUAUAACGUUCAGGAUUUUGAAGGGAAAUGGAAAAUGGCAGUGGGUACGAGGCACAGGAUACACUAUGCUGAAGAAUGGUCAAAUAGAGGGCAUGGUAGCACAUAAUGUAUUUGUUAGCGAUGAAGAAGGGGCGUAUUACAAGGCUCAGAAUAUUAAAGAAAUGAAAGAAUGGAUUGAAGGGCAAGAAAAAAUAAAAGCCUUGACAAAGUGUCUAUCUUCGGCUUCUUCAUCAAGUUGUUCCUCUCCUUGUGACAGUGCACAUGGGAGCUUGAGUUCAGAUGCUGAGAGUUCAUUCCAAUCCUUAUCAAGCAACACAUCUGGAUUCAUAACCAGCACGGCCAAUGGUGUGACGACUUCCAUACAAACCUUAACUGUAAGCAAGUCACCAGGUUACCGUAAUGGAUAUGUCCUGCAAUUACCAGCAGGUGAUUACCAUGAAGCUCCUUCAUCUGUUAAUGCAACCAAGACUACUCCUAACACUAUUUAUGAACAGCCUAGAUUACCUCAUUUUAAUGCUGAUGUCACUUCUAAAUCUGAAGCUGUGGUUACUUCCCAAGUUAGUGAAGGAUGUUUGGCUGUUCUUGAUAACGAAAUGACCUCCAUAAUCAAAGAAUUGCAUAGUUCCUUUAUAGAUGAAGGUGGCCACAGUGAUUCACCUUGUUCGUCAUUUUCGCCCAUUCAACGGCAGCCUAUGAUGACAAACAAUGUAUGUCAAAAUCGUUCAGGUGGCACGGAAACCGGUGUUAAUGGUACAAAUAGUGCGUCUUUUAUUACGAACCCUUAUCCAGUACCUAAUGCUUUUGCCUUCCAUUUGGGAGGUGUAUUUGAUGCCCCGCAUAAUGACGAAGUGUCUCUACAAGAUGGUGAGCAUUUUUCGGCUAAACAUUUGAUUGCAAACCCGUCUUAUUUACAACCAGAUGCUUCUAAGAGUAAUGGAGUAGUGGAAGAAAGCAAUGAAUAUCUCAAAGAUACCCCAAACGAAGACUCCUUCCAAGACUUUGAGAUGCUGCCUUUGGGUGAAAUCGAAAGCAUUUUGUCACAUGAAAGUCACUCGUCAUAUUCAACAACACCAGAUAGUUUACAUCCAUCAUCAUCAUCAUCAAGUAGUCUACCUAUCCUCGAACACGUCUUCAUGGACCCACAGUUGAAUCCAAUGUCCGAAAGUUAUGAACAGAAUCUGGCAUCAGCUAAUUUACCUGCAAUCACAGAGGUUUUUGAAACUGAGACAGCUUUAUACGAAAGUCAUGGUAAUCCAAUUACCACGUCGGAUCUUGUAAGCUUUACUUUUACUAUUUCUAAUGGGAUUGAGACGGCGAGACGAAAGGAUUUAAGUCAUAAAAAAGAUCAUGGAGCUUACAUCGAAGAUCUAAAAGAUAACUGUAACUUGGCUGAUCAUCAUUUGCAUAAGAAUCAUCACACAUUUAACAGCAGUUCUGAACCUAUUCAUCUCGCCAACUCCCGGGUAAAUUUCACUCCCGAAGCAAGAAAAUAAAAUCACAGUUUUCAAUCCACCCUGCAGUACCUUGGAUGGAGAGAAAGUAGCUAGUUUAUCUUAAAAUUUCAUUGUUUUCCUCAAAGGAGUAAAAAGGCUGAGUUUUACUUUUACGCUAUCCAUAAACUCCCAUAAUGCGACUAUCAUGAGCAUGUAUAUUUGUAGUCUUUUAAAAAGUAAUCCAUGCAUGUUGAAGUAGUCUGGGUCACUUGCUAUAACAAAUCCUUUUAGCGCACAACAUUCAGGACUUUAUCCCCUAUAAGACUGGCAUUUGUGUCAAAAGUGAACACCAGAAUUGAAAAUAGCAUCUCGACUGCACUGGAGAUGUUCUUACUAAAAGAAGUCCUUUUCAUUUCUGGUUUUCGUUUUGAUACAAUGAAAUAUUUAAGGGUGUUGGGUCACGUGACCUGUUUGCACAAAUGACCUAGGAUUGCAAAUUUUCACAACUUUUUGAUAGUGCCUUAGCACCGUGACCCACGUUUUUUAAAGAUAUUAAAGAGUUAGAUAUAUUUAUUUUGUUGCUAUGGUGUCUUGUAAGCUGCUUUUGAUCAGUAAUUCUCAUUGUGAAUGAGAAAAAAACCAUGUAAAUAUAAUGGCUCAUAUUAUAUGGAUGCACACGAAACAAAAAUGAAUAUUAAAAGAGAGAGUAGAAAUGUUGACAUUCACUCUAUCACAUUCCAAUAAACAAUGAACUAUG